CCGACAAGCCGCGAAAUUAAUGUGCACGCGGGGCCGUGCGACGGUUCGUAUUCGAGCGGAACUGACGGAAACGAAACCCGCGGCGACGUCGCGCAAUAUGGCGGCCGACGGCAAACCGAGAAGUCCGAGCGACGUUUUCGAAUAUUGCGCUUGCCGAUCGGCGACGCCAGGCGAGAUAUCGCUAAUUUUGUCGGCCCACCGCGAAUUUCCCCGUGUCUUUCCUCCUCGUAUCGAUGUCCCUUCUUUGUGUCGAUCUUCUCUUCGCGCUAGUUUCUCUAGUAAUCGCAUUUUUUUCUUAUAGAAAUACUAUUACAGGAACACGCACGACAUUGUGUGAGCCGAAAGCGUUAUAUAGAAACUGCGAUCAAUUUCAAUGGUACUUUUUCAUGGAGGGAUAUAGAAUCGCGGAUGAAAAGGCGUGGUAACCAGAAAGUGAUAUCAGAAAGUGGCCUGUAAUAUGGCCGGAAUAAACAACGUCAAAAUUAAAAUCGUCGGUUUGAAAAUUGUACGAUGAUCGCUACGUGCAAUCCGCGUGUUUUGCCAGUAAGAAAAUGAAUAUAACCACGGUGCCACCUGGCUUCUCGAACCAUUUGACGAAAUUGUCGUCGUACUUUAAGUCAUGCCAAACCACCCACGAUGCGAAUAGAGAACCAUUAGCGGAGCGUCGUUACGCUUCGAACUCGCGACGGUCCCAUCGAUCGGAUGUUGUGUGUCAGUGCGGUUUUUACGUAAAUAUAUAAGCUAACGGGAAAUAAAGCGCGUCGUUAUAGCAACAAUCGGUAAUAUCUGAUCGUUGAAUCUAACAGCAGCGCGGAAAAUCGAUCCCCGUUCACGUUCGCAGCGGUCGUUCGUGAUCACUCGGGGUUUUCGAAGGAUAUCGGCCUGCAGAAACAUAACCUCGUAUCGAAGGCCCGACGGACCAUUAUGCGAGAUGUCACGUUUAUGUAAUUUGAAAUUAUACUCGGCGAUGAAUAGCGCGAAAACAUCAGCCGCGCUUUCUAGCAAAUUAUGUUUUAUAAGUGGACGCAAGGAUAUUCCUCGUCCAAACUGUACAGGUUAUGUCCACAUGUGCAUGUCAAAGCGCACACUGUCGACUUAUCCGCUGCACGGAUUUCUGAAUGGAAUAUUGUUCAAUUGUCCGCUAACUGUGGCAGCAAUUGCGAGAGAAAGAUAUGCAAGACAUGACAAUAAGUCUAACAGAAGACGCUCCAAGUAUCUCCAAGUGCUUUUGGGUAGUCUUGGCUUCAUAGUGGCAUCUUGUGAUUAUUCGCGUUAUAAAGAGGAAAGAUUUCUACACGCUGCCCAACAUGGUGAUGUUUUGAAAUUGAAGAAAGCUAUAGCAGAUGGUAUUAACAUAAAUGUCAGGCAUUCAUUGGGUUGGACAGCAUUGCAGGUUGCUGCUGUAAAUGAACAAACUGAAAUUCUGAAAAUUCUGUUGGAUAAUGGCGUUGAUAUAAAUGCAGGGGACGAUUUUGUUAGUGCAAAUAGGCUUGCCACGCAGAAGGGCGUUAAUUUUAUAGAAGUCCUUAUGAAAAGAGAAGAAGAAUUCUCUGCUCAACUAAACAACAGGGCUACUUUUCGAGGUUUCACAGCGUUGCACUAUGCUGUGUUGGUCGAUUCGAAAGCGUGUGUAAAGGUAUUGUUGGAGAAAGGAGCGGAUCCAACGAUAGAGAAUGAAACAGGUCAUCGACCGAUUGAUUAUGCUAAAGAAGGAGAAGUCAAGGAAAUGCUUGUCGAAUAUUCUAUUAAAUAUGAUCAACUAUUGAAAGAAAAAGAAGCGGAAGAACGACGUAGAUUUCCACUGGAGCAACGUCUAAAGCAACACAUCGUAGGACAGGAGGGACCAAUUUCUAUUGUUGCUUCUACUAUUAGAAGGAAAGAAAAUGGUUGGAUAGAUGAGGAGCAUCCACUAGUAUUUCUCUUCCUGGGUUCGUCAGGCAUUGGUAAGACGGAAUUAGCUAAGCAGUUGGCAAGUUACAUUCACAGAAACAAAGCAGACAGUUUUAUCCGACUGGACAUGUCGGAAUACCAGGAGAAGCACGAGGUCGCAAAAUUAAUUGGAGCACCGCCGGGAUACGUAGGACACGAUAAUGGCGGGCAGCUGACGAAACUUCUAAAAAAGUGUCCCACUGCCGUUGUAUUGUUCGACGAGGUUGACAAAGCGCAUCCCGAUGUCUUAACUGUAUUGCUACAGCUCUUUGACGAGGGAAGACUGACCGAUGGCAAAGGGAAAACGAUCGAAUGCAAAAAGGCUACUUUCGUAAUGACGUCGAAUUUAGGAAACCAAGAGAUCGCUGAGCACGCGCUGCACCUCAGAGCAGAAUCUGAAAGGCUGUUAAAGCAUCGAUUAGAAAACAUUACCGAUGAGGAUCAAGAGCCGGAGCGUAUUGAGAUAUCUCGUAAUUUUAAGGAUGAAGUGAUACGUCCGAUAUUGAAGGCGCAUUUUCGCAGGGACGAGUUCCUAGGAAGAAUAAAUGAGAUCGUGUACUUUCUGCCAUUCUCUCGAACGGAACUAAUCAAAUUAGUCACCCGAGAAUUGGAAGCCUGGGCUAUACGCGCAAAAGAGAGGCACAUGAUCGAGUUGAAAUGGGAUAGAGAAGUCCUGUCAGUAUUAGCCGAUGGAUACGACGUUCAUUAUGGCGCUCGUUCCAUCAAGUACGAAGUGGAAAGACGCGUCGUUAAUCAGUUAGCCGCAGCUCACGAACGAGGACAACUCAGUAAAGGUUGCUGCGUAUUAUUGAAAACACAGUGGCACGAGAAGAGCGCGAGCAUAUUCCUCUCUGUUCGACAAAAGGGUUUGAAAAAUUUCGUCGAUAUCGGAGAAACGGAUAAUUUGGUGAAAAAUGUCAAGUUAACAUUUUAAUAAUGCAGUUAGCAUGGAACGUCAAGUUUCGAUUUCAUUAAAACGCGAAUAACUAAUGAUACUGUUACGAUAUCAUAUGUAAAUGUAUAAAUUACACUUUUUCUUUCUUUAGUUCAAAUUGCAUUCAAUCAAGGAGCUUAUCUUGCAGUUAAUUAACAUAAAUCUUUCGAACAUGCAUAGAUCUCUAACUAAUAUAGAUCUCUAACCAAUAGAUCUUUCUCAACUAUCCGUCAUCAAAUAAGAUUUUAGGAAUACAACGCUUCUCUGUACACUUUCUGUUCACGAUGCGAUUAGAUUUAUCUGUCUCAAUUUUAUUUUGCAUACAUUCUAUGGUAAAGAUAUUAAUCGCAAAUUAAAAUAUUUAUUACAGUCAACGUGUUCUGGUCAGGAGUGUGAUGCGAUAGAUAAGAUAUAAACAAUUUUAUGUUGCUGAUAUCGUAAUGAAGUGUCUAAUUCAAUGUGAUACUAAGUAAAGAAAUAAAGAA